CAGGAGGCGGAGGCUGCCGUUGCCUCCGCCGCUGCCAGGGCCGGUCGCGCUGCCUGGCGGGCGCCUGCCGCGGAGGAGCCGGAGGCGCCGCAGCCCCGCCGAAUGAUGUGCUUGGUCAGCGCCGCGAUGAAAGCUCAAAUUGAAAUUAUUCCAUGCAAGAUCUGCGGAGACAAAUCUUCAGGAAUCCAUUAUGGUGUGAUUACCUGUGAGGGCUGCAAGGGUUUCUUCAGGAGGAGCCAGCAGAGCAAUGCCACCUAUUCCUGCCCUCGCCAGAAAAACUGCUUAAUUGACCGAACCAGCCGAAACCGCUGCCAGCAUUGCCGCCUGCAGAAAUGCCUGGCCGUGGGGAUGUCGCGAGAUGCCGUCAAGUUUGGCCGCAUGUCCAAAAAGCAGCGGGACAGCUUGUACGCGGAGGUCCAGAAGCACCGGAUGCAGCAGCAGCAGCAGCGAGACCACCCGCAGCCCCCCGGAGAAGCGGAGCCGCUGACCCCCAGCUACAGCAUCACGGCUAACGGCCUGACGGAGCUGCACGACGACCUGAGUAAUUACAUAGACGGUCAACCUCCCGAAGGUAGCAAAGGCAACUCUGCGGUUAGCAGCUUCUACUUAGACAUACAACCUUCUCCAGACCAAUCGGGCCUUGACAUUAAUGGCAUCAAACCAGAACCGGCCUGUGACUUCACUCCCACGACGGGCUUCUUUCCAUAUUGCUCCUUUACCAAUGGGGAGACCUCUCCUACUGUGUCCAUGGCAGAAUUAGAACACCUUGCGCAGAACAUCUCAAAGUCCCACAUGGAAACCUGCCAGUACUUGAGGGAAGAGCUUCAGCAGAUCACCUGGCAAACGUUUCUGCAGGAGGAAAUCGAGAACUACCAGAGCAAGCAAAGAGAGGUCAUGUGGCAGUUAUGUGCGGUGAAGAUAACAGAAGCAAUACAGUAUGUCGUAGAGUUUGCCAAGCGCAUCGACGGCUUUAUGGAACUAUGCCAAAACGAUCAGAUUGUGCUUUUAAAAGCAGGGUCUUUAGAGGUUGUAUUUAUCAGAAUGUGCCGUGCCUUUGACUCUCAAAACAACACAGUGUACUUUGAUGGCAAAUACGCUGGCCCAGAUGUAUUCAAAUCAUUAGGCUGUGAAGAUUUCAUUAGUUUUGUGUUUGAAUUUGGAAAGAGUUUAUGUUCUAUGCACCUUACUGAAGACGAGAUUGCAUUAUUCUCAGCUUUCGUUUUACUAUCUGCAGAUCGAUCGUGGCUUCAGGAAAAGGUAAAAAUUGAGAAGCUCCAGCAGAAAAUCCAGUUUGCGCUUCAACAUGUACUGCAGAAAAACCAUCGGGAAGAUGGAAUAUUAACAAAGCUAAUAUGCAAAGUCUCGACCUUAAGAGCCCUGUGUGGACGACAUACAGAGAAGCUCAUGGCGUUCAGAGCAAUAUACCCGGAGAUUGUGCGACUUCAUUUUCCUCCCUUGUACAAGGAGUUGUUCACUUCAGAAUUUGAGCCAACGGUGCAGAUGGAAGGGUAAAGGGAUCUUCUCCAGCCUUCUAGAAGCUCUGGUGGGGACAAACCUUCCAGGAGAAAGAAAGAAAGAAAGAGAGAGAGAGAGAGAAGGAAGAGAUUCAACCGAGACACUUUCGUGGCCCUGCGUUAAGACGUGGGGAAGCCAGCACACUGCACAUCUUCCGGCGCCAGGCAAAGGAGGGGCGGGGGGGAGACGAAACAAGGGUUGGACUUCCUUGGUCCCGUUGACCCCGUUGCUGCGAUGCCCACCCAGAGGGGGGGGGGGCUUUCCCCCUUCUGCCUGGUCUCCAGCCUCUGUUUACACAGAAGGAGGGCUUCCCUCUGUCCUUGUAACUCUCACUGCCCACAGAGACGCUUCGCCGAACAAGGGUCCGGACCGAAUCUCCAGCUCGACUCCGGCGACUGGUGUGUGUGUGCGCACUGCGGAGGCUUCGCUUCAUCAGUUUUGCACAACUUUUGCUCAUUGUUUUCAUGAAGGACGAUGUCUUUUCACCGCACCGCGAUGGCCGCCCGGCGGAAUGGCGGUGGGAAGAGUCCAUAAAGCAAUAGCAUUAUAAUCUAUUACAGGGUAAAUGGGCAUGAAGUCAAUAUAUAGCAAAAGAGAUGAUAUUGUUUAUAUAUUGUUUUAAUUAAUAUAAAAAAAAUUGUAGUUAACUGGUAUAGCUUUUAUUGUUGAAUUGAUAAGGCACUUUUCGUUUUGCACCUUUUUUUUCUUUUUAAAUUAUAUGCUGGCGUGUUCAGUGUUUGUGCUGCAUGUACACCAGAAAUCCAAGUUGUGACGGAGGAGGGUUGGAAGAGGGAGAGGGGAACACUGCAAAGGAGGAUGUGCUGCUAACUUUCCACGUUUCCUUUGGCAGAGAGGCCGGCCCAGGUCAUGCGAUGAUGCCCUUCCGUGGUCUUGGGAGGGAGGGAGGAGGGAAGUCAAGUUUCUAAGCCGUUCUCUGGGUCUUAAAAACUAUGAUUUUAUUGGAGAGGCAAGAAAUAAUAAUCCCUGUUUUUAAACCAGGUUACUGACAACGGGGAUUGAAAAGAAGAAGAAAAAAUAGAGCUAUGUUUAAUCACUUAACAAAUGUGUCGGUUUUUUAGCAACACCUUUUUAAAAUCAGCCCAUUUCCUAGAGUGAGUAAACAUGGAUUCCGACAACCAAAUUUAGACACUUGUGUUUUGGAAAUAUUGGUCCUAAUACUUUUGUUUACAUUUUGUGUGUGUUUUUUGUCUGUGGGUGUGUGGAGAGAGAGAAACAGAUUCAACAAAUUAAGACAGGUAGGGUGCAUGUAAUUUCUUUUUUCUCGCGGAUCGUGUCCAUGGACUUAAAUCUUGUAUUCAGUGCAUGGAGAUCCGACUAUUUGCUAAGUUGCGACACACCUGGAGGCUUGUUAAAAAAUGUGCUCUUGUGGGUGGCUACUUCCUUUGUAAACCAAGAGGUGCUACUUGCCCCCUUGCUUUACAAUCUCUUCCAAACAGAGGCUGCCGUGGGAGGUGGUUGAACAUGUCGGUGGCUUGGAUCCUGGAGUUGCCACCGGCAUCUUGAUUUCUUGGUCACUCCGCCUUUCGAAAUCUAAAGCAACCUGAAUUUAUGCUCUGCCUACCACAUGCUACACUUGAGCCACCUGGAAUCAUGAGCAAGAAGCUCUGUAUGAAGAAUGAUUUAUAUCAUGGCCACUGAAAUCCACCUAUUCAAAAGGGAUGACACAAGUUGGACUCGAGUUCUCCUUAUGACCUUCCAUUUUUGCUCCUUGGACGACUUCAAAAUCUUGGAGAGGGUUCCCUCAAAGUGACCAGAAGUGCCAGCUGGAUUCCUGGUCUUCGAGGUUGUGUUUAGAGCCAGUGACCAAGGUUGCAAUCCUAUGCCCUUUGAUCUAUUGGGAAGCCCCAUUGCGUUCAAUGGGAUCUCCUUCCACAUAAGACCUACCUAAGGCUCUUUGGUUGAAUUGUUGAAUCACCCCUAUUUAAAGAAACCAAUUCUGUAGUCUUUAAUUCCCAUCUAUUUCACUUCCCUCCAUCUUGAAGCACAGUCUGUAUUAGCAGUGAAUCUUAACUCCUGUUUAUCAGAGUAGCUUAGGUAUUUUUAAUUUGUUGACCACUAAGGAACCCUUAAUAAUUCUGAGGCUCAUUUUCAAUCCUGAUUCAAGUUGUCUUUCUGAUGGUAAAAAAAAAUACCAUCAUGAAUGGAAGUGAUUGAGAUGUUUAUUCAUCUAGUUGACAUUACUUGUAUCAUUACUAGAUAACUAGUAAUGUCAGCCAGACUUGCUACUCCUCUUUAAAAACUAGGUUAAAAGAAUAACGAGGUUCAGCAUCCCAGUCUAAAGCAUAUGUAGGGAUGUGUCUUCUUGUCUCAAGCUCUAUAUCCUUGACCUAGAGACCAUUUUAGUAGGCAGCUAAAACUUUUGAGAAGAAUAUUUUCAUCCUCUGCUUCAUCAUCAUGCCUUCUGUAGGAUCAUAGUUCGCUCACAUCCGGUCAUGUCUAUGAAAGAAAAAAGUUGAGUUUUGGUUUGGAAAUCAGCGUUAUUUAUAGCUCUUUUUUUUUUUUAAGGUGCUAAUAGUAGGAGCUUCUGGUUGCUUGUAAAUUUCCACGAUUCUGACAUGGAGCCUUGUCUUCCUUUCAGGUGAUUGAUCAAGUGCCAUCAAGUCUGUGCCAAGUUCUCUUAGUCAACUUCUAGAUAGAUUUUCUGCAUCUGCUCCUUCAGAUUUUCAAACUGGGUUACAACAAUAGGUGCUCAUUCUCUCCUCUUUCCUUCUCUCUUUCCCAAUAGGACUUUGGGUCCUUAAAUUGAUCUAUUAAUUAUGUGCCACCAAGUUGUUGACUGUUAGCAACCACUUAGAUGGAUUUUCUCCAUGACCAUCUGUCCUUCUCAUGGUCCCUUGGGUCUUCCAACAGUGUCCUCUUCACCACUGUAACCGAAUCCCACCACCUCGCUGUUAUCCUCUUCUUCUCUUUCCUUCCCAUCUUAUGCGCACAAGAACAUUUCCCAGAGAAGUUUUAUUAACUAUUGUCUUCUAGAGACUUUUGAGAAGAGCAUCAACAGCUAGGAUUUUUUUUUUAAUGAAUCAUCCAACAAGUCAAUCCAGAAUUCUCACCAAUGGCACAAAAGACCAAGCAUCCAAAAUAGGAUAAUCUGAGCUUGGUCUUUUGUGCUAUUGCUGAGAAUUCUGGAUUGACUUGUUGGAUGAUUCAUUAAAAAAAAAAUCCUAGCUGUUGAUGCUCUUCUCAAAAGUCUUCUCCAGCACCUAAGUUCAAAAGCAUACAUCCUGAUUCUUUAGGGAAGGACCACGGGGAACACCAUGGCUCUGUUCCUAUCAUCUCCUUUUAGUUAAUUGCAAAUUGUAUUUUGAUAACGAUAAAAUGAUGCUGAUAAUCUCGUAUGAAAAAUGCUGGGAGAGUCCACGUCUAAUCAGCAAUAUCUACUUUGCACAUCAGACGAGAGGGGGAAACCCACCAGCCAAAACAUAAAAUCCAGGAAUAAGUUUUAACUUUCAAAGUGGGUAGCCUAAUGUACUUGUUGGAUAUAACAAACUCCAGGUGGGUUUCAGCUGUGUAAAGUGUAGCAUGUUCUGUGGUGGGACAAUAUCAGAGCUUCACGAUACACCUGCAGGCGACUUCCAGGAAACUGGCAGUUCAAAUUAAUUUGGGUUUUCAUUCUCCCAUCCUAUUUUUUGGCGGAGCUGUUGCACUGAUUUAAAAGAAGGCCUUGAUGGCACGGUCCUUCUCAGUCGUGUUUAUAUUGUUUAAAAUUAUGAAGUGACAUGAUACGUGACAUUCUUUCCAACCUGGUUAUCUUUUUAGGAGCUUUUCAUUGUCCUACGGUUGUCAAGGUCUGAGUGUGUUUGUACUCUCGAACGUGUGGGGGUGUAGGAGUGCGUGGUUGUUGUUAGGCCAUUAAGUGUCCAUGGAAUAAAGAAAAUGUGUUGAAGAUAUGUAAGUCAAAAAUAGAAGGUGGAAAAAAUAUUCUAUAUAAAGCCUUGUCUGGACCACUUAGAGAGACUUCUAUUUUUUUAACCCUUCUAUAAAUAUUUGGUGGCACUUGAAAUAUUCCUGCAAUAAAAUGUGAUUUGUGUAAAGGUAGAAACAAACAAACAAAAAAAGAUUUUGUAAUGUGAAAAAAAAAACAAAACCGAAAGAAAGCAAUGUAAUUUUUCUAAAAAAAGAAAAAGAAAAAGCAAACCAACUUUGUAUUAUUUUUGUGGACGGGAUUUGUCUACUUGUCUUUGGGGAAAAAAAGCAUUUGAUCUCGUUGAAUGUGCCAUAGCAGAGGCGCAUGGGUGGUGGGUCCUUUUUUCCCCCCGUUGCGUCGUAGGUGAAAGGAAGUGAUUUUUGUGUUUUCCGACAUUCCGUAAAGCGUGAGGCCAUCGCAAAAUAAUUCUUGUCAAGGAUGUAUCCGUGAGCUUCCGUCUUCGUUGCUUUUUUUUUGCACAUGUCGUUCGUUUCUCUCUAGUGCAAUAUGGACGCGUAGAGCACUUGUGGGUUUAUACUCAGGGAAAAUUACAUAUUUGUUAUACAGGGUUUUACGUUGUCGUUUUUUUGUGGUUGUGUGGGGUGGGGUGGGGGGGCUGAGGGAUGUUUCUGUUUUUUUCUUUUGCUAAGGAAUGUCGAUUGAAUCACCUGUUGUCAAGGGGCAGCCAGAUAAUAAUCCUAACACCACUGCCAACCCCCCCCCCCAAAUCCUCUCUCGUUCCGGCCCUGCCAUUCACCACCACAAUUCCUGACCAUUCUUUGUGCGAAUUGGGAGAAAAAAAAGAGAAAAAAAAGGGUAUAUAAGCACCUUAUGAUUGACUUAACUGUGAAUGACAAUCCAUCUUGUGAUCAGUAAUAGAUGCCCAAGAAUUUAGAAGUUUUGGUUAAAGCUCAGGGACCUUUCAAACUCUUCAACAGGGAGACCAGAGUUAUGGGUCAAAACGCUUUUGAGAAACGUGGCGGCUCUUCUUAUAUUGAGCAACUAAUCUGGACAGAAUUACGUUUGUCCCCGUGGAGUGUCAGUUGUUUAGAUUCUCAACUUUUGGCUACUUAAACCCUGUUAAAGAUUCGCACGAAACCAACAGGAGGGGCUUUACAGCAAGAAUGUCCAACCUCGGGCACUUUAAGACCUGUGGACUUCAACUCCCAGAAUUCCCCAUUUGUGGCUGGCUGGGGAAUUCUGGGAGUUGAAGUCCACAAGUCUUAAAGUGGCCAAGGUUGGAUACCCCUGGUUUACAGUAUGUGUUGGAGAAAUAAGUUAACACUGACCCAUAAUGCAUGUCAAACAACCACUGUUUUUAUCUUUUUUUAAAUAACAACAACAAAAUCAUUGAAUCCUGAAUAUUCCUAGAUACUAUUUUGUGCUUUUCCCAAGUGAAGAAACUUUGAGGGAACGUGGCAAGAUUUUCCAAGGCCACUUUUACCUACAUUUAAAAAAAAGAAUUCUACAAGGGAUAAGUGGAGGAUUGGGAGUGAUCCCCAAUCCGGAAAGAUUCCCUUAGGUGCCAAAUACAGUUUCAUCCUGUUAUGCAAAAUCAACCUUUCGUGCAACUUGGUUUAAAUGUUUAACUUAUUUAUUUAUCUCUCCAGGUUUGCCAUCUGGUGCAACCUGCAGAGUCUGGCCAUGUUCAGCAGCAUUAAACAUAAAGGAAAAAGCAGACUUUGUUAUACUGAGAUAAUUAAUUAUACUGUCUGCUGGGAGGAGAUGAAAAUGAUUAGAUGGCUGUAGUUGCCAUGACUGACUCUUCAUUCCUUCCCUCCAUACACCUCUGACUUAUUUACUUAAAUAGAUCAUUACAACCUUUAAAAAAGCUAUUUAAAAUCCCCCCAAUGAUAUGUGAGCAGUUUUUCUCAACCUCAGCAACAUUAAAGAACGGUAGGCUUCAAUUCCCAGACAUCUCAGGUGCGCUGGCUGGGGAAUUCUGGGAGUUGAACUCCACGCCUCUGAAAUUUGGUGAAGUUGAGAAGCCCUGUAUUUAGAGGAAUACAUAUGCUGCUCAAUGGCCAGGCGUGGGUUUUUCAUUUAAUUGAAAAGACCACCCAAAUUAUUUUAAACAGCCCGUAGUAAUGACCCUCUAAGCAAUUCCAUAAUAGACGUUAAUAGUCAGCGCCAGUUGCGUGCCAAAACGUUUGAAGGAGGGAGGCUGAAAGAUAAAUGAGAAUUUCUCUUGAAACAUUGAAUAUUUGCCUUUUCCCCCCAUGUUUCUUAACAAGAGGUGUCCUAGAGGAAAAGAAUGAGGAAUUUAUUGAACAAGCCAAAGAGAAGCGAAUGGCAUCUCCAAUACGUGACCGGAUUCCUCUGAAUCCAAUCACACCUAUCCUACCAAUUAUGGUGGUUUUCCCCUCCGCAUUGGUCAACCAGUUAGGCUGCAGACUUUCCUAAGGAUCGACUUCUUAACUACAUGCAUAGGUCUUGGGACUGCCAGGGACAUAGUUUUCAUCCAAAGGGGUCAAGGAUUAGAAGGGGUUUCUGCGACCCAUGAAGGUCAAAAGAGAGGGCCAAGGGGCAAUGAAUAUGGAGGUCAGAGGUCAGUUCCGGGAAACUUGGCAACAUGAUGGGCUACUCGAUCAAUGAGGACGUAGCUGCAGAUCCCACAGCCGUCUCAUCCAAGUUCCCCGAAGAUAUUCCUCAGCCUUGGCAAGGUCCACACUUCUGGACUUCAGCUCCCAGAAUUUGAGUGGGGAAUGCUGGGAGUUGAAGUCCACCCUAUCUUCAAAGUGGCUAAGGUUGAGAAACACAUAGAUACAUCUAUGACCUUACUGAGUUAGCAUAAAACACGGAAUAGAGAUCUAUCUGUGUUACCCACUUAGGAGUUGUUGGGUCUUCUUUUUCAGAUAGGUUUUUUUUUUAAAUCAUUUUCAGAAAAGGAAGCAUAAAUACAACCUCACCUGUAUGUUUGGCAAGAAAAGCACGUUAAGCUAUUGGGCAGCCAAAGCCAGAAAUUUCCUAGGUUGGGUUAGAGUAUCCUUUGAUUCAAAUCCAUUUUAAACCAUCGUAAUUUAAGAAUAGCAGUGUGACCAAUUUAAAAUUCAUUAUAUAACAGUGGGUGGGUGGUUUUUUUAAAUAAAUAAAUAAGUAAGUAUUUAGGAAACCAUUCCAACUCCUGUCCCAUCAAGCAGUUAAUUGUUUGUUAACAAAUGAUGUUGCCGUACCUUUUGAGGCUACAGAACAGAACAGAAUAACCGAGUUGGAAGGGACCUUGGAGGUCUUCUAGUCCAACCUCCUGCUCAGGCAGGAAACAUAUAUCAUUUCAGACAAAUGGUUGUCCAGUCUCUUCUUAAAAGCCUGCAACAUCUGCAUGUCUAGAUCCUCAAAAGUUAUUGGGACAUCAUUUUCAUCCUUCAUUUUACUCUCAUUUGUCCUGUCAUCACCCACUCUAAUGCAAACUCAUAGAGGAAUAUGGGCAUAUCGUGUUCAUAUGUGGGCAUUAGCUUAGUCCUACAGUUGUUUUAAUAAAAUUAGAUACGAAAAGCUCUAGAACAGUGUUUCUCAACCUUGGCAAUUUGAAGAUGUCCGGACUUCAACUCCCAGAAUUCUGGGAGUUGAAGUCCGGACAUCUUCAAGUUGCCAAGGUUGAGAAACACUGCUCUAGAAAUAAAAUGAGCUGUAACUUAUCAUUACUUUAUGUCAAUAAAUAAAUCCACCAAUUGGAUUUUUAUGUGUAGCAGGGCAUAAUCCUAACUUUUCAGAGCAAUAAACCAACUGAAUCCAAAAAAAUAAAUCCUCAAUUCCUGUGCAUUUUGAAUCUCCAAGUGAAGAAUCAUGAUUUGCAUUCAGACUUUAUAGAGUCUUAUCACUGUGGUACGUACUUAGUUACUCUUAGAUGUUCAUCCCAUUGUCUUUAAAAUUCAGAAUAUCUCCCCUCUUCCACCCCUCCUCAGCUUCACCGUCUACUUCAUUUACCGAAGAUACAUAAAUGCACAGGACCGUACAAUCACGAAAUGCAGAAAAUUCAUAAGCAAUAUCGUGAAUUUUAUUUCACGAACCACAGAGGUACUGUAUAUAUAUAUUUUCCUAAUUCCAAAAUUUUCUAUUUUGACGCGACAAAAAAAAAAUUUGUAUAAGAAAAAGACAAGAAAACCUCCAGUGGUUUCUCUCUUUCGAUGACUAGGACGUUAGCUGGCUGCUUCUCUCUGUGUAAAACUGUCCUGUCUGCCUGCUCCUUUUUUCGUGGAGAUGCGUUUUUUGUAUGGAUGUUUGAGCCCAAGGGAGGCUUCAAGCGACGAUGUAUUUUUCCCACUUGGAAUAUAUUUAACGUAUUUAACAAACCCCAGACAAGGCUUUUAAAAAAAAAAUAAAAACGUAAGAAGAAUUGCAGCGGUAGGUGGUUUAUUUGCAAAUUGUUUUCCGUGCUGUCCAUUUUAUGGCACCUUUGACAAUAUUCUUAUUUCCAAAGUACACAAUAAAGGUUAAAACAAAUAAUAGUCUAGCCAUAACUGAAUGUCAAGCAAUAAAAAAAACAAUGAUUUUUGUGCAUAGAUUUAAAGACAUACCAAUUGUAGACAUCUGCAUGUAAAUGCAAAAUCUCUUGUUUACUGCUUUCUUAAACUUGAUCAACCAACUCCUUAUUUUACUACUAAUUUAAGGACUUGUAAUGGCCUGUAUACAUUUUCUCUAGCUCGGUUUGUUACGUCAUUCUUUGUCUUCUGAGUCAUAUUUAACUGUUCCGUGUCGUUCUGCUCACCUCCUGUACGGUUAUAAACUACUUUGCGUUCAUUCUCUAUAGAUAAAGAUAUACUAUUUAAAAAAAAAAAGGAAAGCCUAUGCGGUGCAAAUAUUUAUCUGUUUAUCAAAUACCACAUUAUGCUGUAUAAUAUCUGUUUUACUAUAUACUCUAUUUUAGAAAUAGAUGUUUAGAGCUAGCGUCUGUUCUUUUGUGUUCUUCGGAUGUGUGGUGCUAGCGAAGUUAAUUUGACGAAAAGCAACCCCUUCCCCUCUUUUAUUCCUAGGCAAUACCACACUUGAUCUUGUACGAAUAUUUCAUGGAAUAUUUAUGUGUGUGUGCGUGUGUGUGUGUGUGCGUGCAGGUACGUAUAGACCUUAUACAUGCCUGCCCACGUGCCCAACGAAGUACCUGCAUCAGAGUAUUAGUCGGGCGUCAUGGUUUUCUCUUCAAAUAUAUAAUUCUAUAAAGUUGUCUCUAGUAUAUUUAAUCAGGAGGAAAUUAACUCCUCGCUAUGACAUUUGAUAUCCAAUAUGGUAUCUUUCCUCUCUUUUUACCCUCCUAAUUAAGUUCUUCCAAGGCCAGGAAUUCGCCAUCAUUUGAGCUGAUUUUUUUGGUUCUUGUUUUUGCUCCAAACAAUCUGGGUUGAAUUUGAACUUGUCCUGCUAGUUCCCAGGGCAGGAUUAAAACAUCAGAUUUUUUUUAAACUGGACAUCUGUAAGAGCUCCAAUGCUAUAAUUAGAUAGUCCUGGAAUCCACAGGUGAUCUAUAAGGCAACUUUGAGCAUCUUAUUUUGAAAAUUCUGUCUGGAAAAAAAA